GGUGUGCGCGGUGUGUGUGUGAGCUGAAGACAGAUGCGGGAGCCUCGCUGGAAGAUGUCGAGCAAACAGUGGAAAUCGUGCCGGAGAUAAUAGCAGAAGUCCCACCACCCCCCGGCCGGCCGCAGCUGACCAUGGGACUGACGGAGCUGCUGUUCGGGCUGCUGUGGCUCCGCUCCGCUCUGCUCGGUGCAGCAGGCUGCAGUGAGCGGGUGGAGGUCCAUACAGAGCGGAGGGGUGUGAUCUACAGCCCAUCCUGGCCUUUAAACUACCCUCCUGGAGUCAACUGUAGCUGGCAUAUCCAGGCAGGCCAGGGAGAGGUCAUUACCAUCAGUUUCCGCAACUUUGAUGUGGCGGAGUCUAGACAUUGUUUGGGAGACUGGCUCCUGCUUACACCCACAUGGAGCGGGGAAUCCAGGCUUUGUGGCUCCAUGCUGCCUUCUCCCUUCAUCUCCAUCAGGGGGCGCGUUUGGCUUUACUUUCACUCUCAGGCCAACAGCUCCGGUCAAGCCCAGGGCUUCCGCCUUUCCUACAUCAGAGGUCACCUGGGUCAGAGCAGCUGUCAGUCAGAUGAGUUCCUCUGUGGGAACGGGAAGUGUCUCCCUCACUCCUGGAAAUGCAACGGUCAGGAUGAAUGCGGCGAUGGUACAGACGAACGCAACUGCUCCCCCCCUCCCACCGAGGCCCGGCCUGGCCUCUGCCCUUUCGGCUCCCUUCCGUGCACCGAGGCUCAGUCCACCCGUUGUCUUCCUGCCGCCCUGCACUGCAACGGAGCCCCGGACUGUCCCGAUGGCACAGAUGAGCUGGGUUGCCCUGACACCACCUGCGGCAAACGGCUGGGGAACUUUUACGGCUCCUUUGCUUCCCCGGAUUUUUUCCGGGCUAAUCGGAGCGCUGCCAUGGAGAUGAGGUGUUCCUGGUUGCUGGACACCCAGGACCCCAAGCCCAUCGUUCUGCAGCUGGACCUGCAGCUGGGGCCCAGAGACACGCUGCAUGUGUACGACGGCCUGCUGCAACGAGCGGAGCACCUCUUACAGGUGUUGUCCUAUCAUAACAACCGACGUCCGGCGUUGCUAGAGUCAAGCCGAGGACAGAUGAGUGUGUUGUACAUGGCACAGCCUCACAGCCCCGGGCAUGGAUUUAAUGCCACAUACCAGGUCAAAGGCUACUGUUUUCCCGGUGAGCGUCCCUGCGGCAGUGAUCAGGGCUGCUACUCUGAACGGCAACGCUGCGACGGCUACUGGCAUUGCCCAUCCGGCCGCGACGAGGAGGCCUGUCCGACGUGCCCGGACGGGGAGUUCCCCUGCGAGGGUGGCACAGGAGUGUGCUACCCAGCCUCAGAGCGCUGCAACAACCAGAAGAGGUGCCCGGAUGGCUCGGACGAGAAGAACUGCUAUGACUGCCAACCUGGAAACUUCCACUGUGGGACUAACCUGUGCAUCUUUGAGACAUGGCGGUGUGACGGCCAGGAGGACUGCUUAGACGGGAGUGAUGAGAGGGACUGCAUGGCAGCGGUGCCCAGGAAAGUGAUUACGGCCGCUCUGAUUGGCAGUCUGGUCUGCAGCCUCCUGCUGGUCAUCGCCCUCGGCUGUGCCCUCAAACUCCACUCCCUCAGGAGUAGAGAGUACAGGGCUUUUGAAACUCAGAUGACUCGCAUGGAGGCAGAGUUUGUUCAGCGCGAGGCCCCGCCCUCUUACGGUCAGCUGAUUGCCCAGGGUCUCAUCCCUCCUGUGGAGGAUUUCCCAGUGUACAACCCCACACAGGCCUCUGUUUUACAGAACCUGCGGUUGGCUAUGCGCAGGCAGAUCAGACGUCACUCAACACGGCGUUCAACCUCCUCUUCCUCACGUCGGCGUCUCGAACAUCUGUGGAGUCGGCUGUUCCACAGUGAAGGGCGAGCCAGAGGUCACGUCCCUCUGCUUGACCCCCCUGCUCCCACACAGAUCACCCUGGGGCUCCACAGCUAUCGAACAGUGGGGGAGCAGGGGCCUCAGGCCAGGGCCAGGUCUGGAGCUGAUUUUGGGGAUGAGGUCGAUGUGUUAGGUAUGCAGGGCUGCUGCUCAGCUACCAUGGACCUGCAGCCUUGUAUGUCAGAGAGCCCUGCGUCUCCUCUCUCCUACCAGUCACUGGACAGUCCAGAGGACGAGGAACUGUCACCUGUCUGCAGGGAAAGGAGAAGGGCUCCACAGUUUGAGCCCCCCACUCCUGAUCAGACUGACUCUUCAACCCACAGCCAACCUUCCACCCCCCAGGAAACCUCUGUACCCAUGUGCCACCCCCGGGCAUCUAGAAAACUGGUACUGGAGCUGGCAGUUAACCUGAAGGGUGUUUCCCUGAGACGUUAUACCCCCUUGGGGCCUCUAUCACCUAUCUCACCCCCUGUGUUUCCUAGCAGCUCCCAGACACCUACGACCCAACCUCAUACCCAGGGGCUGGAGGGGACUUCACCUACAGAACCUUCAUCUUCCUCUGUGCAAGCAGAGGGCAGUGACAGCCACUGUACAGUGGAAGUGCCAAGCAGGGAAAUAAAAAGCAGGGAAAAAAAUAUAGAAGAGAGGAGGAGAGAGGGCAAGAGUAGGCUGUACAGGUUCAGCAGGACCCUCAGUGACGAGGGAGGAGAUUCAGGGAGGGCCUCCACAUAG